AUGGUACGACAUGCCGCCCUUAAGGGACUAUACGAUGUGGAAAAGACGAUCGGUAGCGGCGGUUUCGCUAAAGUUAAACUGGCCACUCACGUUGCUACCGGCGAGAAAGUUGCCAUUAAGAUUAUGGACAAGACAGCAUUAGGUGAUGAUCUACCAAGGGUGAAGCUAGAAGUAGAAGCGCUCAAGACAUUGUUACAUCAACAUAUCUGCAGGCUGUAUCAGGUCAUUGAGACAGAAAGUCAUUAUUUCAUGGUAAUAGAAUAUUGCUCUGGAGGAGAAUUAUUUGAUCAUAUAGUGGAGAAAAACAGAUUAUCGGAAACUGACUCUCGCAAGUUUUUCCGUCAGAUAGUUUCUGCUGUGGCUUAUAUGCACAGUUUGGGAUAUGCUCAUAGGGAUCUGAAGCCAGAGAAUGUCUUGCUGGAUAAAGAAGAAAAUUUAAAACUAAUUGACUUUGGACUAUGUGCGAAACCCAAGACUGGAAUGCAGUCACAUUUGUACACUUCUUGCGGUUCUCCUACCUAUGCUGCCCCAGAACUUAUAAUGGGAAAAAGAUAUUUAGGCUCAGAAGUAGACAUUUGGAGCAUGGGAGUCCUUCUUUAUGCUUUGUUGUGUGGCUUCUUGCCCUUUGAUGACAAUAACCUGGAGACUUUGUAUAAAAAGAUACUUAAUGGCAAAUACGAAGAACCAUAUUGGUUGUCUAACAACAGUAAAAUGCUAAUCAGGAAGAUGCUACAAAUCAAUCCAGCGAAUAGGAUUACUAUUCACGAAUUAUGUAAUCAUCCAUGGAUUACAUCAAAUUCUCUAAAACCUGUAUCAUUUGUCCAUAGAACAAAUUUUGAAAAAGAUGAUGAAGUAUUAAGUACUAUGUCCGCUAUUUGCGGUGAGCACAGUAUAGACAUAUGGAAGCGGCUCGUCAAGAGCGAUAGAACUGAUUAUAAAACAGCUACAUAUUUAUUAUUACUUGACAGGAAACUGCGUGGACUUUCAUUAAAAAUAACGUCUAUAACGAGAUCAUAUUUUAAGACUGAAGUGAAUAGCACGAAUGUUCCAAAACGUGAAGUGGGAGUGAAUAAUUUUAUAACUAAACUUGACCAUUCUCCAAGAAACAAAAUAAACAACAAGAGAUCUCCGGUAAUUGAUGUUACAUAUAACGUUUUACCUAAACCAGAUAAAGCUGAGAGUAAUUUCACAGAACCUUGUGUACCAACACGAAAAAGAUUACGAAGUAGAGAACCUGACGAUGUAUCAUCGCCUGCGAAAAGGCCGACCGAAAAGGAUAGAUUGGGUAAUACUCCGACGCAAUCCGCAACACCGGAAGCCAGGAGUACUCAAGUGUCUACACCGGGCAGUGCGAGAAAAGUUAUGAUGGGUUUAGAACGAGGAUUGAACCGGGUGAGAUGCGUCCUUACACCGAAGAGGCGAGUGAAGAAUGAAAAUACAGAUACCGACGAACCGAGCAUACUGUCGGGGAAGGGCCUUUCCAAUGUGUCUUCGACAUGCAGCAGUUGCCCAAAAUACGUUCUCUCGAAAUUACGAAGAGCUCUUCGGCGGAAGGGUAUAAUGUGCCGUCAGAAAGGGUUCAUCUUGCAAGGCGAAACUGAGGAGUCCUUCUCGGAAGAUAAAAAGGACUCGUCGAAAUCGAUUUGCUCGCAGAAUUCCUGUUCCUUCGAACUCGAGGUCUGCCUCUUGGAAACUGGUUCGAACGACAAACCAUUAGUUGGUAUUCGUCGAAAGAGGUUGAAGGGCGACGCGUGGGUGUACAAGCGCGUUUGCGAGGAAGUUCUCGCUCUGGCAGCGGAGGAUAUUUCCACGGAUCAGGAAGGUUCUUCCGAGUCCAAGUGUCCUAUCUGAGACACGUCUCAUAGUUUGUACGCGCAUCAACGCGAUAUAUAGAUUUCUUAAAUAAUACUUGCGUCCUCAACAAUCCGAGAUAUGCUUGCACGUGUCUUGAUCUCUUAGAUGUUAACGGUGCGGUAAAGAUUUAUAUUUCAUAAAGAACCGACUAUAUGUGCAACAGAGGUAAUGUAAGUCUUGAACGUUAUCUUGCAAUCCUCAGCUACGUUAAAACGUUAAAUGUAUCAACAUGCCAAGGUGAGGAGAGAUAUAUAUUUCGACGUAAUGUACAUUUAUUUUCCAGAGACAACUAUAUACGGCUAAGGAAAGAUUUAUAAGAAAUAUUCCUAUGGUACGUGUUGUAAUGGUAUAAGCAGAAAAAAUCAAAUGUAAUGAUAUUUAUAGGCGAUAAAAAAUUUUAAU